CGAACCCGGGCUCAGACACUUUCUUUUUUGACAUUUCUUUCUCAAGUAUAUCUCUGUCAAAUUGGGGUCGAUAGACAGAAUCCAAAUUGUACUUUUGUGAAAAUGUACUGCUGCCCACUCUCACCUUCAAAAGAUUUGAUUUUUACUUCAAGAACAUAUCAUGGGUUUUCUAAUACUACCAAAAGGGUGUCCAUUUCUCUAAUUAGUUUCGGAAAAGAAUCAAAAGAUUCAAUUUUUACUUCAAAACUAAAUUAUGGGUUUCAAAGUGCAGCCAAAAGGGUGUCUAUUUCACCAACUAGUUUGGGAAAUGGUGAUGGUUUGGUCAAUGUGAGAUGUGGAGGUUCACCUGAUGAUGGGUUUUAUAUAAGAUGGUGUGUGGAGAUUGCUAGAAAAGCAGUUGGGCAUACAAGUCCUAAUCCUAUGGUUGGGUGUGUAAUUGUUAAGAAUGGGGAAAUUGUAGGUGAAGGUUUUCACCCUAAAGCUGGCCAGCCACAUGCUGAGGUUUUUGCACUUCGAGAUGCUGGUGAUUUAGCAGAAAAUGCAACAGCCUUUGUGAGCUUGGAACCAUGUAAUCAUUACGGAAGAACUCCACCAUGCACGGAGGCAUUAAUCAAGGCCAAAGUGAAAAAAGUGGUUGUUGGGAUGGUGGAUCCAAAUCCUAUUGUAGCUUCAACUGGUCUGAGUAAAUUAAGAGAUGCAGGAAUUGAAGUGAUCACAGGAGUUGAGGAAGAACUUUGCAGGAAGCUUAAUGAAGCUUAUACACAUCAAAUGCUGACUGGAAAACCAUUUGUCACACUCAGGUACUCUCUCUCGAUUGAUGGAGAUUUAUCGGAUCAGCUGGGUGCAGAAGUCAUGGAGUCUGGUGGAUACUACUCAAAGUUAUUACAAGAAUAUGAUGCAGUUGUCGUUUCUGCCUUCUUGCUGACUGCAAAUUAUUCUGUUCUUUCAUCUAAAGAACCAGGAGCAAAGCAACCUCUUCAUAUUGUAUUAGCAAAGAGUUCAGGUUCACUUCAACUCCCUUCUGUGACUGACACAUCAUCUAAAACUAUAAUCUUAAGUGAUAAGGAGAUUGCAGUGGAGUUUGAAGAAAGUCAAAGAGGGAUAGAAACAGUAGUUUUGGAUAGGAUGAAUUUAACAGCUAUCCUUGAACAUUGUAAGCGUCAAGGACUGUGCAGUGUGAUGCUGGACUUGAGGGGAAACUCUGCUGAUUUUGAGGAAAUCCUACAAGAGGGUUUUGAUCAAAAUUUAAUUCAGAAGGUUAUUGUGGAAGUGUUGCCAGUUUUGGGGGGAAGUGGUAAAAGGGCUUUCAAGUAUAUGCAGCAAAACCGAAGGUUGAAGAAUUUAACAUCGAGGACCAUAGGCGAAAGUAUUCUGCUGGAAGGAUAUCUCUAAGUGGAUGGAGCAUUUUACUGAAAUUAUAAUCUGCUAUUAGAUUGUAUGUUUAUGAUGGUCGUACAAAGGUAUCUUCCGGUUAUAAGAGAGAGUAGCACAGGCAGCUGCAACAGGUCUACAAGCAUAUCAAAGUUACAUCCUACCUCGAAAAGAGGGAACUCGAUCUCUGGACCAAUCACUACUUUAUUCAUGUCUCUUUAAACUAUGAAAGGUCCAGGGUGAGAUCGAACUUCUCUUGUCAACGUCGUACAACUGACUGUGCUUUGCACUAGAGUCUUGGUCCAUUCAAGUUUUUGCUGGAAAAUGUACCAUAUUAAGACAAGCAUGUAAUGUUGCAUUCCAUCCUUGCAUCUUCAAUCGGCAAUAAAGUUGUCUGUGUGUUUUGGUCUUCA